GUCCUAGCUAAAACUCACACAUCAUAUUCCAUCAUGGGACAACUAAGUUUAUUUCAAAUGAAAGUGAUAUCAAUGUUUCUUUUAAUCACUUCAGUAAAAUUUGUUUUAGGACAAAUUAGUACACCUUGUACAACAUCUAUGAUUAGUAGUUUCACACCAUGUGCAAAUUUCAUUACAGGAAGCACUAAUUAUAAUGGUUUAAUUACACCAUCAAGUAGUUGUUGUGAUUCAUUAGAGUCUAUGAUGAGUACUAGUAUGGAUUGUGCUUGUCUUUUAAUUUCAGCUAAUGUUCCAUUUCAAUUAUUACCUAUUAAUCGACUUCUUUCAAUCUUCCUUCCACAAGCAUGUAACCUUAAUGGAUUGCCUGCACAAUGCAAGGCUUCUGGUUCUCCAUUACCAGCUCCAGGCCCAGCCAUCUUUGGAUCAAAUGUCCCGUCUCUCCCGCCAACUAAUGGUUCUCCCUUGAGCCCACAGGCUGAUGCUCCCAAAUCAACGAUUCUACAUUCAACAAUGGCACCAGCACCGGCAAAACUAGCACCAUUGAAGCAAAUUCAUCCACGAAAACUUCAAAAAGUUGGCUAGCUAGUACUCUUGAGUUUCUGAUAAUCAACUAUAAUAAUGUUUGUAUCCAUUUUCAUAUGAAAUUUGGAGUCUUUAUGUUUUCUUAUGUUUCCA